UAGCCUAAAUACUGUGCGUAGAGACGGCAUCGACGACCUGCUGACAGGAGAACAUAUGCAUGAAUACCGUUAUAUGGGAAAAUAAAGCAGCAGCUACUAUUAUGAAGAAAGUAGUCCCUGCCGUCACGGGCAUGUAGGCGAGUCACAGUGUAUAAAUACGCCGGGUUGUCAAACAGUAAAGUUUCGCUGGACCCUCCAUGCAAACUGUCAGCUGAAGACAAACUGGAAAACCCUUCGGCCAUUGGAGACCUGGGGCAGCAAUUAAAUAAACCAACAACACUAAGGUUAAAAAUACCUAACGGUCGGCACCUAAACCAACGACUCGACUGAUCCGCCUUGAAAUCCCAGACAACACAAGGGAAAUAAAACAGAAACGCAGGAGUACAAGUCACGCUAGGACAUCUGUGACAAUAGUUGGGACCUGAAGACAUUGUUACAUAUUUGUCAACAAAAAAAAGACAGCCGGCAACUUGCUGCCCCAGCCUUCAAGGUGCCUUUACCAUGGUGACACUAAAGGAAUUGUACACUUUCCAAUAAGCCCGAGGGGGGAAAAAAACUCCUUGUCACAGUUGCAUUGCCUCAUUUUCAGCAUCAUCUGGAUCCCUUUCCUCCCACGACGGCGCUGACCUGGUGCAGCCAUGCAUCUAGAAGUGAAGGUCGCCCUCAACUUCAUCGUGUCCUACCUGUACAACAAGCUGCCUCGGCGUCGAGCGGACCUGUUCGGCGAGGAGCUGGAGAGGAUACUGAUGUCUCGUUUUGAGGGUCACUGGUACCCUGAAGUCCCUCUCAGGGGCUCUGCCUUCCGCUGCAUUCACCUGGGAGCACCGAGGGACCCAGUGGUGGAGUUGGCCGCCAAGAGAAGUGGACUGGACACAGAGGAAGUGCGUGCAAAUGUCCCUGCAGAGCUCAGUGUGUGGAUUGACCCUUACGAGGUAUCCUACCAGAUUGGAGAGAAGGGGGCAGUGAAGGUUCUGUACCUGGAGGACCCUCCCGGCCUCGGGUGUGAUGGCGAGAGGGCCGAGGGGGUGAUCAGAGAGGGUAAAGGAGAUGCAGAGGCAGAGGCGGAGGAGGCCAGGAGUCUGGGCUUUAACCCAGACGCUCAGGUGUUUGUGCCAAUUGGAAGCCAGGCGUCUCCUGCCCUCAUGCCGUCACUCUCCAGCUCUCCCACACCUCUGUCUGGCCAGCCCUGCCCCGGCCUCUUCAGCUACCCCAGCUCCAGCACACCCACCGACCCCGCUGCCCACUCCUCAAACACCUCUACCCCCUCCCCUCCCAGCGGCGGGCUGCCCUACCUCUCCGCCCAGCAGCCGCCCUCCGCUCUUGCCGCCGCCCGUCCUCAACCCAUCACCUUCACCACCGCCAGCUUCGCCGCCACUAAAUUUGGCUCGACCAAGAUGAAGAAGUGCAGCGUGGCCGGGUCGGCAGCUGGCCCCGGAGCGGUCAUACCUCCUGCCCAGAGGAUGCUCACCCGCUCUCCUACCACCAUCUCGGCGCCGGAGCUGCUCAAGCACAAGCCCCUGUCUCUGUCCUUGCACUCCCUCGGAGGUCCCAUCGCCAGCCAGCUCUCCCCCAACGCCAAAGAGUUUGUCUACCCAGGAUCCCCGGGGCCCCUUUACUUUGAUGCUGACACCCAGCCCAUGCAGUCUCAUGCCAGCCCGUUCCAACCCCCCCACGCCGUCAACACCCAUGCGUCCUUUGACCCCUUCUCCAGCCCCCCCCCUGCCCAGAGUGUGGGCAUCAUUGGCAACAACGGAGGAAUCUCCUACAUGGAGAAGCCGCCGUUUGUCGAGGGUUUAGGAAGCUACAACCUGCAAUAUCCUAGCCAGUCCUUCCAGCCUGUUGUGCUGGCCAACUAAGCCUUCAUUUGUAACGAAAAGAAUUCUUGUGCGAGGAGGUGGGUUUGGACGAUGACGCUCCAGAUAUUUUCAGUUUUUCUAACAAAAAUUGUUCUAAUACAAGUUAAGAAUUAGUUUUACUACAGAUUUAAAAUACCACAUCCACUGAAUAAUUCAUGUGAUUUGUUUUGUGUUCCCCACCCCCCCACCCCGCAACCCCAGCCUGCCAUUUUGUCUAUUGCUGUUACUCAUCACGUUCUGUGUGUUGGCUUUGAUGACAGGAGUGUGGGGGGGGGGUGUGUUCCUUUCUACCUUGAGUUGUUGCCAAUCUCUUUGUAUAUUAUUUUGCAUUGAAUGUUAAUGUGAGGGACUUGUUUAUUUUUGUUGUUCUUUUUUUUCUUCUUCUUUUCUUGACUUGUAGUUUAACGGACCCGGCUCUAGUAUAACUCCAUUUUUGCACUGCAGUGUCAUGCUGUGAAAAAGGACCUCGCCAAGUCCUGCAGGGAACAACUGCUGUGGAAAGCUCAGCACUUUGCUCUGCAAUCUGCUCUGCCCUACUUGCUACAAAUACAUAGGGGGGGGGGGGGCUUGUGUGUUUUUUCUGUAUUAUUGUGGUGCCGCGUGAUGGAGAGACCCAUUGUUUGUACGGUAGGCCCUGUUACCCCUUGAAACACACUCGUACGCGGGCACAAUUUGACUCUGUCACCAGGCGGAUAUUGGAAGCAGUUUAUUGUGGAAUGUGGACAUGACGUGGGUUCAAAAUAAAGUGUGAGCCGAAAGGGAGCAACGGGGUGCUAAGGGAGUGAUGUUGUAGAAUGUAUUGCAUCGGUCAGGGAAGCCUGUGUGAAUGUGAAAAGCAAGUUCAUCUUUUGCAUUUUAAGACAAUAAAAAUGCGCUGAUACCUCAAUUAUACACACUGGGAUUUAAGUUACACUUCCAAACAUGUAUUUAAAAGGACCGACCUGCACACAAAUUGGCAGAAAUGUGUGCACACGUGCACCCAAUUCCAGUCAGCAGCGUGUGAAGGUGAAGAGGCGUAGGGGAUGCCGCAGCAGGAGUUGUGAUAUAUGGCUUAACAUGACGUUGACUAUGAAGGAGAGGUUUUCCUCUGCACAGAGGCGAGAGGAAGACUGGAGCAAAGGGAAGACCAAAAGGAAACGAGAGAGAGAGGGUCUGUUGCCUCGGCGUUGUCCAGGCUGUAUUGGCGUCGAGAGCGUCUCUUUAAAACCCAGAACACGUUUCUGGUGAGCUUAAGUGGUAUUGAAGCAAAAGGCUCACACUAUUCUUUCCCUCCUUCUUGAAAUUCUUCAGUGAGCUCUUCUCCUUCUGGCUGUGUAACAAAGAAAACCCCCAGAAUCCUACAGUUCAGGUCUCUUUUACCCAGUUAUGCAGACAAAGAUACAAAGAUGAAUGUUCUUCAUUGGUCUGUGGCUCCUGUCGCUUUAUCGGAUAGCUUGUCAGAUCUCUGGAAGUCUGCUGCUUCUAACAAUAGUUUGUUUACCAGCCGGGUCCUCGUGAUUGUUGGUUUGUCACUACAGGGAAGGGUAAUUCUUGGAUGUUGAUUUGAUCUGUCCAGCACUUUAUUACUGGGCUCCUGAGGCUGUGUGUGUCGCCCACAGACACGAGCGCUACACCAUUCCUUUGCCCUCUGUUUGGUAAUGGCACCUUUUUUUUUUUUAUUCAGCUGUCAUGAAAAGGCUUUAGAGAUUCAAACUGGAGCUUGAUUUAUUUCUAUUUAUUUUUUUCUCUUUUCUAUUCAAACGCAUCAUGCUGGUGAGGAGAUGCUGUUAGUCCAGUCCAUUUAUUUGAAUGUUUUGAGAGAUGACACAAGCACCCUGGACUUGUGCUCACGCUGGUUUUGCAAUGUGACCGCUCGUCACAGGCAUGCAAGUUUUUAUUUCUUAAAGGAGUGGUGUGGGGAGGCACACAUCUCGGCAAACGUUAUUGAUUGUGAAGGGAAAGAUGCGUUUAUAAAAAAAAAAAAAAAAAUUGUUUUGUAAUUUAUUUUACAAUAUUUCUAUAUUUUUGGUUUUGCAGAACAUCACACAUUUGUAUAUGUAAGACAGAAGUCCGGAAUAUGUGUAUAUACAAAGUUCUUAUGUUGAGAUUAUUUGUUUAGUUUCUUACAUGCUGAGGUUAUUUUUUCAGAAAUAACAUGAAUAUAUGCAACUGAGACAAAAAUAAAAAGAUGUACAGAUAAAAGUAUUGAAUGUGUAUUGUACCUUGUACAAGCAUAGUCUAAAAAAAAAAAAAAAAAGAAAAGAAAAAAAGACGGGUAAAUGUAUUCAUUCUUCAAGUUGGAUUUGAAGUUUAAGAUGUGAAUGUUUACAGUGGGUUUGUGUAGGAAAAGAUGGCUGAUAUCACUUUUUUGCUGUGCUCCCAGGGCAGUUUGACAACACUACUCCCAUAGGCAGUACAUUUAAACCAAAAAUCUCCACAUUUCAGAUUCAUUCAUCCGUUGUGUUUUUUUGUUUUUUAAUGUGAAGUAAUUGCAUUUUGUGGUCACCCUGGCUUUUUUUGCCCUGAAUAAUUGUCCCAAUUUUUUUUUAACAUCAACCCUAACAUUCCUGUUUUAACCCAUGUUACUACAGUACGUAAAGCCAGAUAUAAUCAGAUUUAACCCCCCUUAUAUUACACAUCCCACCAAAUUUCACUUCCUUCAUUGUUAGUGGGGUUCUCUUCUUCCCAUCAGCCUGGUCCUUUGGUCCUGAUACUAUAGCCAUAUCCCAGAUUGUCUUUGCUUACACAGAUGCUCACCCUUCUCCAGUGCAAUGUAAUGCCAUAAUUUAAAUGACCCUGAACGAUUCAAGGGGUUUCUACCUCUCUGCACCUGGGGGGGUGGGGAAAUCCAGUAUAUCUCCUCCGUAGGAAGUGGUGUUACGGCAGGUUCGGGAGGAUGAAGGAAAUGAAUGUGCUGUGAAUGUUAGUCAACCCUGGUUAAGGUGGCCUGCGGAAAAUAACUGAGAAAACUGAUUUAAUUUUUUUUGUCUUUAAAUCUUGGAGAGCUUGUUUUGUUGUUGUUGCAUGUCCAAAACGACUCCUUAUUUUUCCAUAUUUGUCAGAUUUAUUCAGAGCAAAUUAGGUGUGUCGUUAAAUUUCCUCUACAUACAAAUCGGGCUCUUGAGCUGAGAGAUCUGAGGAUGCGAGUGAUUGCUGUCAAAGUGAUUUUCCCCCUCACAUCUGAAUGCUGGUUUGUGUUUUACACCUGAAAAGAAACCCAUUACAGUAGAUAGUGUUUUAAACACCGCAAAUUAACUCCAAACGCAGGCUAUUCUACAACCAGGGUUGAACAUUAAUGAAAAGGAAAAACAAGAAUUUUGUAUUCUGAUGUCCUUUUUGCUUAUAUAUCGAUGUGUGCGUUUUAUUUUGCACUUUGGGAUAUUUCAUUGUCAUAAAAGAAGUUUAUUUUCUAUGUCAAAUUUAACAUGUAAGAGUAAAAUAAAUAUAAUUAAAAGUUCCGAUGAUGGAUAAAUAUAGUGCUUUCUUUCCUGCCUGUAUUUUAUUAUUUUUCCUAUUUUGUAUCUGAUCUGUACACCCUGUAGAUGUAUAAUGAAUCUUUCACUACUGAAAUGCAAUGACCUGUUUUCUGUGCUGCCCCUCGGGAAUGGGGAGUUACUACUGCAGUUUCUUAUUGUAUCAGAUUCUUUUUUAAGUUUGUAAUAAAAAAAACUGAUUGGCAAAAAAAAGCAUGGAAAA